AUGGAUAAGAAGAAUGGAAAGAACUCCUUCCAUAACAUGAAGAAGACAUUGGUGUGGUUGGACUUGGAGAACUGCAGAGUUCCCCGUGAUCUUCCUAAAAAAAAUGUCUACCCACGCAUUAAGAAGACGCUUAGAGAAGAUGGUUAUGGUGGAAAACUAAAGAUUAAAAUAGUUAUGCUUUUUGAAGACUGCGAAGUACCAGAGCCUCUACUCAAGAAAAUGAGUCUUAUUCGUGUGACAAAUUAUCCAAGACCAUCAGCUUCUGAAUCAGAAGAAAGAAAUGAUAACCAGAUUGUUGAUGACUUCAUCAAGCUUGAUAUCACUAAAUGGUUGCAUACAAAGCCAAAGCCACACAAUGUCAUGAUUCCCAGCAGCAAUGUCGAUUUCAGUGACAUUGCCCGUAAGGUGAAAAAGAAGGGACAUUCAUUCUUGAUGGCGUAUGAUGAUAACCGUACUGACAAAAAUCAGAAGAAAGAAUCUGCAGCAAAACUUCUCAAGCUUGCAGAGUGCGACUGGACUUGGAGAAAGUCGCUAGGUCUUCCAAAAUACCAACUUAAUCAAGACCUGCGUUAG